ACAGGUUUCGCUUAGUAGCUGAGCAGGCUUGAACGGUCCUGUGUGCUGUGCUCUCUGUCCUGCUGCUGGAUGCUGUGAAGGGAGCUCAGGCAAGCUCCGAAGUUGCGACAUGGAUGCAUUGACCUAUGAUGAUGUGCAUGUGAACUUCACUCAAGAAGAAUGGGCUUUGCUGAACCCUACACAGAGGAAUCUCUACAAAGAUGUGAUGUUGGAGAUCUACAGGAACCUCAAAGCUGUAGGCUACAAUUGGGAAGACCAAAACACUGAAGAAUAUUGUCAAAGUUCCAGAAAACAUGGAAGGCAUGAAAGAAGUCGUACUGGAGAAAAACCCUCUGAAAAUACUAAAUGUGGUAAAGCCUUUGCAUGUCACAGUCAUCCCCAAAAGUAUGAAAGAAUUCAUACUGGAGAGAAACCCAAUGAUGGUAUUCAGUAUGGUGAAGCCUUUGUACAUCACUGUAGUCUCCAAAUGCAUAAAAUAAUACAUACUGGAAAGAAACCCUACAAAUGCAAUCAAUGUGGUAAAGCCUUUGCACAACCCAGAACUCUCCAAAUACAUAAAAGAGCACAUACUGGAGAGAAACCUUACAAAUGUAAUGAAUGUGGUAAAAUCUUUGCACAAUACAAUACUCUCAAAAGGCAUAAAAAAACCCAUACUGGAGAGAAACCCUAUGAAUGUAAUCAAUGUAGUAAAGCCUUUGCAGAUCAUGAUCAACUUCGAAAACAUGAAAGAGUUCAUACUGGAGAGAAACCUUACAAAUGUAAUGAAUGUGGUAAAGUCUUUGCACAAUACAGUACUCUCAAAAGGCAUGAAAAAACCCAUUUUGGAGAGAAACCCUAUGAAUGUAAGCAAUGUGGUAAAGCCUUUACACAAAAGGCUCAUCUCAAAAUACAUAUAAUAACACAUACUGGAGAGAAACCUUACAAAUGUCAUCAAUGUGAUAAAGCCUUUGCAUCUCAUGGUAAUCUCCAAGUACAUAAAAGAACACAUACUGGAGAGAAACCCUAUGAAUGUGAUCAGUGUGGUAAAGCCUUUGCACAUCAUUGUCAUUUCCGAGUACAUAAAAGAAUACAUACUGGAGAGAAACCUUAUAAAUGUGAUCAAUGUGUUAAAGCCUUUGCAGAUCAUGGUCAACUUCGAAAACAUGAAAGAGUUCAUACUGGAGAGAAACCUUACAAAUGUAAUGAAUGUGGAAAAGCCUUUGUAUGUAAUGCUAGUCUCCAAGCACAUAAAGUAACUCAUAGUAGAGUGAAACCUUAUGAAUGUAAGCAAUGUAGUAAAUCCUUUGCCUCUCAUGGUCAACUUCAAGCACAUGAAAGAAUUCAUACUGGAGAGAAACCUUACAAAUGUAAUCAAUGUGGUAAAGCCUUUAUAGAACACAAUACUCUCAAAAGGCAUAAAAUAACCCAUACUGGAGAGAAACCCUAUGAAUGUAAUCAAUGUAGUAAAUCCUUUGCCUCUCAUGGUCAACUUCGGAAACAUGAAAGAAUUCAUACUGGAGAGAAACCUUACAAAUGUAAUCAAUGUGGUAAAGCCUUUGCAGAACAUGGUCAACUUCUAAAACAUGAAAGAAUUCAUACUGGAGAGAAACCUUACAAAUGUAAUCAAUGUGGUAAAGCCUUUGCAUACCAUUAUGAGCUUCAAAUGCAUAAAAGAAUACAUACUGGAGAGAAACCCUAUGAAUGUAAGCAAUGUGGUAAAUUUUUUGCUUCUCAUGGUCAACUCCGAAAACAUGAAAGAAUUCAUACUGGAGAGAAACCUUACAAAUGUAAUCAAUGUGGUAAAGUCUUUGGACGACACAGUCAUCUCAGAAUUCAUAAAAGAAUACAUACUGGAGAGAAACCUUACAAAUGUGAUCAAUGUGGUAAAGCCUUUCCAUAUAGUAAUACUCUCCAAGUACAUAAAAGAACACAUACUGGAGAGAAACCCUAUGCGUGUGGUCAAUGUGGCAAAGCCUUUGCAAAUCAAAGUUAUUUACAUGUACAUAAAAGAAUACAUACUGGAGAGAAACCCUAUGAAUGUAAGCAAUGUAGUAAAUCCUUUGUUUCUAAUGGUCAACUUCAAAGACAUGAAAGAAUUCAUACUGGAGAGAAACCUUACAAAUGUGAUCAAUGUGGUAAAGCCUUUGCAUACCAUUAUCAUCUUCAAAUGCAUAAAAGAAUGCAUACUGGAGAGAAACCCUAUGAAUGUAAGCAAUGUGGUAAAUUUUUUGCUUCUCAUGGUCAACUCCGAAAACAUGAAAGAAUUCAUACUGGAGAGAAACCUUACAAAUGAAGACAAUAUAGUAAAGCCUAUUCACAAUAAAGUCACCUCCAACUACAUAAAAGCACAUACUAAAGAGUAACUCUGUGAAUAUAACCAAUGUGACAAAGCCAUUGCAUAUCAUAGUUAUAUCCAAGUAGAUAAAAGAACAUAUACUGCAAAGAAGCCCUAUGAAUGUAAUCAAUGUGGCAAGGCCUUUGCAUAUGAAAGUUAUUUCCAAGUACAUAAAAGAUUACAUACUGGAGAGAAACCCUAUGAAUGUAAGCAAAGUAGUAAAUCCUUUGCCUCAUGGUCAACUUCAAAGUCAUCAAAGAAUUCAUAAUGGAAAGAAACCUUACAAAUAUAAUGAAUGUGGUAAAGCCUUUGCACACCAUCGUAAUCUUCGAAUGCAUAAAAGAAUACACUGGAGAGAAACCUUACAAAUGUAGAAAAUAUGGCAAAGCCUAUUCACAAACAAGUCACCUCCAACUACAUGAAAGACCACAUACUAAAGAGUAAUCCUAUGAAUAUAACCAAUGUGGUAAAGCCUUUACAGCAAUCUUGAAAGAUGUGGUGGUUUGAAAAUACUUGGCCCAUGGAAAGUGGUAGUAUUCACAAGUAUGGCCUUUCAGGAAUAGAUGUGGCAUUUGAGAAAGUAUGUCACAGUGGGGGUGGACUUUGAGAUCCUAUGCUUAAGCUCCACACAGGGCAGAAGAGUCUUCUGGCUGCCUUCUGAUCAAGAUGUAGAACUCUCCUGCAGCACCAUGUCUGCUUGGACACUGCCAUUUUUUCAGCCUUGAUAUUAGACUGAACCUCUGAAUCUGUACACUACCCCCAAUUAAAUGUCCUUUAUAAGAGUUGCCUUCGUCAUGGUAUCUUUUCACAGGAAUUAAACCAAAAUUAAGACAAACAACAUAAAAGAUAACCCACUGGAGAGAAACGGACAAGCUGAUAGUUCUCUGCAUGUUUGAUAACAGAAAUAACAUGUUUUAGAUAGUCUCUUCUUCCUUCUCCUCUCCUUCCGUUUUUCUCAUCUAUAUCUUCCUACAUCUCCUUUUCCUUACCAUUUCUUCCCCCUUCCCCCACGAGGACAGUGAUAUAUUAAGAUAGAAUCGCAAAUGUAGCCCAGGGUAGCCUUGAAUUGUAAAUCCUACUACCUCUAUCUCUUGAAGGCUGAGAUUAUAAGUGUGUAUAUCAUGCCCAGGUUUUUCAAGCUGAAUCCAUGGAUGGGGGACCCUGAGUUACAAAUUACUGUCUAAUCUUUGGGAAAUUGCUAAGCUGAUGAUAAUAUUGAGGAGUAGACUCAAAGAGUACAGCCAUGCCUCCACUUCUAUUAGCUCCUGGAAUCCCAUUACUACAGGGAUAUGGAGUAAGCCUAGGCAUUCAUUCUAAAGCAGUCUGUUUCACUUGAGACAAUAAGAGGCACCAAAAUGACCAAGAGGGACUAGAACUUAAAGCACCAUAAAGGCCUUCUCAAUCCAGACAAGGACUCCAGGAGAUGCUCUAACAGAUUCAGUGAUCCAUGGUCAGAGAGGACCAACCCCAUUGUAUUAGGUGUAAGAGAGGGUUCCAAGGUACUUCCCUCUUGCUUCAUACAAUGUUUAUUUAAACCCAGACACAUACUGGAUAGAGUAGAGAUGAAUAUCUUUAAGAGUCACAUGGCAUUCUUUCUAGACCAUCAUCCAUGUCCAAAGAGCAUAAGAACAUGGGAUCUGCUGCUGAUGCAUUGAAGCAGUUCCAGAAAGAUCACUGUUAUGUGCCUACUAGUUUUUGAAAUGUUUAAUUCUAGGCUUCUUCAGAAUUUGGAAGGAUGAUAGGAAGAUGGGCAGGAAAAGAAAAGUCUUGUGGGUUUCCCUUGAUGCUUUCCCUCCUGUGUUCUUCUACAUAAUGCAAAGCAUUAUGGUUUCUGAGGUCUUGCACUGUUUCUCUUUGGUAAUGUUGCCUGAUGCGCAGGUAAUGAACUCUGGUCUUUAAUGUGCAUGCAGAGGUCAUGAUUUCCUAAUAAUUCAAUGUGUUUUCUAGAAUCAACAUUGUAUUGAAUAUAUAAAACAUCUAAACUGAUUUACAGUGUAUGGAGCAUAUGUCUGGGUUCUGAAUGUUACUACACAAUUCUAUGUGCAUUGAGUGUAGUUUAACUCCACUAUAUUGUUGUGGCUGCUCAGUAUUGCUUAUUGACCAUCUAACUCCCAGGAAGUACAUUAUACAGAGAAACUACCUUUUCAAUGUAUUAUUUCAUGAAUUUUGUAUUAACAAACAUUAAAUUUAAAAGUAUUGGGCUGGUCAGAUGGCUCAGUGGGUAAGAAUACCCGACUGCUCUUCCAAAGGUCCGGAGUUCAAAUCCCAGCAACCACAUGGUGGCUCACAACCAUCUGUAACGAGAUCUGACGCCCUCUUCUGGUGUGUUUGAAGACAGCUACAGUGUACUUACAUAUAAUAAAUAAAUCUUUUUUAAAAAAAAGUA